AAUCAGAAUGACGAUAAUCCAGCGUAUGAAAGCGUAAAUUAUAAUGAAACCGGUGAGAUGCAAUCAGUCAAUAUAACAGCCAAAAUUACUGAUGCAAUCAAAAAGAAUCAAGACUCGGAUGUACAACCUAAUAUUGGAUCAAGAGAUGUACCAUUCGUUCUUGUUAAUGAUCCCAUUCCGAUAAGAAUGUUAAUUAAUAUUACUUCAU